AUGGCACGCAAGGGAGCAAACCGCAAGACCCGCUUCCAGAAGAUGUAUGCGCGGAGCCUUGAGAUCGCCAAUGCGCGGCGACCCGAGGUUAUAGCUGCCUGCGCCGCCGACAUGAGAAUGCCGGAGCCCCAACCAGCCCCGGAGGAAGACAACUGGGAUGCUUCCCCUGAGGCCCCGACGUCCGACUCUGGUUCCUGUGCCCCAGUCCAGCUGCUCACAGUCGAGCGACUCCAAGACCACUACUCUAAGAGUGUGGGCUCGGGAGAGGCGGUCUUGGCUGAGCUCACCAAAGAGAACGCGGACGAGGUCGACAAGGAGCUGAUCGGCCUCAACGAGCGGAUCCUGGACGCCCGUAGCCAGCAGAAUUGGGCAUCGUCAGAGGCUCUCGAGCAAGAGAGGGACGAGAUCAUUCGGGUUGCUCGCGAGACAGAACCUACACGGGACUUCAAUACGACGAAGUUCGUGUUCUCUGCGCUCAAGUACAACCCUGCCUACCACAAGUUCAGCGCCGUCGCUGCCAAGGGAGAGAACAUUGCAGACGACAAGCUCGUCAUGACAAUCCCAUUCCACCCCAAGGACCCUGCCACGUUCUUCAAGGGUGGAAUCGAGCAGCCCCAUAGUGGGCUCAGCAAGGCGCUGCGCGAGCUGUCCAUCGCCUCCAUGAUCCUGGGCGAGCUUACCUAUGCCGAGAAGCAAUCCGUCGCCAUAGCCUGCAAGGAGACCUUCAACUCGGUUGGCAGGAUUCUGGAGGUGUGGGACACCAACAGGUUCGACUUCCUGGGUAAGGACGUCGCACUCAUCCGGGUCGGCGUGACCGACAACGGCCGCCCUGUCGAGAUGAAGGCGUCUUGGAGCGACAUCUCCAAGGUCAAGCACCAGGACUCACUGGCCAAACACAGGGAGGCGCACAAGGACCUCUUCGAGCUUACAAAGGAGGACAAGGCCAGAAACAAGGUUUGCCGCACCCUGGUUCGCGACAACAUGAUGGUCGAUGUUCCGCGAGACAACAGCGAGCGCAUGGCGGACAAGGAACUUGAGCCCAUCGGCCGUCGGGGCCACCUCAACGUCAUGUGCACAGCCGUGCGCUUCGAGGCCACCAAGGCGACCCGGAACAAGUCGCCGCGCCUCAAGUACUCUGACGCCUUGGAGGGCACAAACAGGCUGCUCGAGGUCCUCUCCUACCACGGCGCUUCCAUCCGCAGCCUGGACAUCUCAGGCCAGGACUUCCUGACGUGGCAACACGUCGACCUCAUCCUCCUCGCCACCCCCAACAUCCGCCAGCUGACUCUGCGCGACAACUACCUCUUGAACGUCACCCAGACCGAAUGUCUCAUGAGGGCCGUCAAGCGCCGCCGUCCGGGCUGCAGGCUGGACUUCUACCCCUUCUACCACUACGGUCCAAGCUACGAAAAUGACCUGGGGGACACGGGCCGCUGGGGCAGCUACGGUCUGACGUUUGAGGACUCAGGGGUGCACACCGAGAACGUCGUCGCAAAUCUCAUCGACCGUGUCCACCGCUGGGAGAAGGAUUACGGCGUGGAGAUGCUGGCGCGCGGCCUGGGUUUCCGGCACUUCCUCGAGCGCCUGCCCCUACCCGUCGGCUUCGUGUCCAAGGUCCUCGCCAGCCACGCCCUGCUGGACGCCACCGAGGGACACGGCAGCCGCCAAGAGAACGAGAUGGCCCACAACCGCCGCAUCUACGAGAUCUUGUACGGGCAGCCCGCGCCGGAGGUACGGAAGCAGUUCUUUCUCACCCAGUGUUGCAUGUGCAACGUCAAGGUGAUGAACACCAUGAUGAACGUGGGCGUCAGGUGCUCGUGGUGCAGCUUCACCAUCUUCGCCGACAUGGAGCCGCACCGCUACCAGACGGAAAAGCGGGCGGUGGUGAUGAGGAUACUACCAUUCUGGGGGUGCAUAAUGAAUGCCACGUCGCUUGGCGAGCUGUUUGGCGGCAUGCCGAGUGUCGACGUCUCCCAUGACGACGCCAGCGAGGAAGUCGACCAGGACGCCGACGAGGACGGCAACGAGGACGGCAACGAGGACGAUAACGAGGAUGCCAGCGAGGACGCGGACGCUGAUCCUACUGCAGGCGAGUCAACCACUGCCAACGACGGCAACGAGCCCGAUGCCGAGCCCGAGCCCGAUGCCGAGCCCGAUGCCGAGCCCGAGCCCGAGUCCCAGCCCGAGCCCGAGCCGCUCCUCGUCCCCCUCGACUCGGACCCCGCCGCCAACGGAUGGACCUGGAACCCCGCGACGCCGGCCGAGGAGCGAUGCCUGUCGGGUUACAAGAUGGCCAUGCGCCUGGAGUGGACGCGGCUGCGCGACAUCGCGCGCGUCCAGAUGCCAAAGAGGCUCCGCUUCGAGGCUACCCCCAGGUUCUGGGACAGGAUGCGGAUGCCCGGCUGGAACGACCGCGGCCCGGGGGACCACGAGAUGUUCCCGGCGCAGCGCGCCAACAUCUUCGACACGGGCGGCUCGGACGGCGCCUUCGUCGGCCUCACGCCCGACAUCUGCGGCGUGCGCCGCCCCAACAACGCCGAGGCCAUGCUGGGUACAUACCACCCGGCCAACAGCAUGGACAGGAUGCGCCGGCUCAUGGUCCUGGAUCCUGCCGAGCGGAAGAAGGAGCUGGGCUCGUUCUGGUAA